AUGGGUACCGCCAUCAAGAUACAUUCGCUGCCUUUCCAUGACCAUGACGGAAAUGCGUCGGCAAUGGUUUUCUGGGCGCCCGCUGACCAGCCUUUGCCACCAUUGUACAGCUUUGCAAUCUAUGUCACAUCACUAGAAAACACGUCGCCAGAAUCAUUUAACGCUGUCGAGCUUCUCCAGGCUCUAAAUACGUCUCGCUACGCGCCGGAGACAACCGGCUACCGGCUCGAUAUCUAUUUCCGGCCAGGGUCAUCGGUAGAUGAGUGCAAGCAGCACUACAACGCCGAAAAAGCCGCGCGAGGGACCUACGCCGACCAGCUCAAGAAGGUUCGGAACGGAGGAGGCCAGAACAGAGCGGACAAUCACACCGAAGGGACACAGCGCCUCCCGGGGCUAGUCCCCUCGUACCUGCGCCCGCCGUCCUUCUGCCACCACGACGUGCUCUUUAUCAUCGACAGCCCAGACUGGCGCAGCGGGGCCGACCUGCGCAUGGUCGAGUUCCGCCCCGCUGAGGUGCCGAGUGAGUUUGACCCGGACCCGGAGGAGCUGGAGGAGGCGCCUGACAUGGUCGCGCCGACGAGGACGCGCGCUUUCCCUGUGUGCCCGGACCCUGAGGCGUACGACGGUGGCGGCACGGUGCAAGGGAGGAUGUACGAUAUGUUCUUGAUCAAGGAGGAGCAGCUCAGCGACCCGUAUGAGCAAGCUCUGGAGCUGGGGUGGACUUCGUGGUAA